UUAAGCGGUCAAAAGAAAUCUGAGAAUAAUAACAUGGGAGUAAAUGAUGGAUGUGCAAUGCCAUAUAUUGUGUGUAUAAAUAAAAUGCUCGGCCGCACGUUUUCUUCACAAAUCACACAAGCGGCUGAAUUGCGAUGGAGGUGACGUUCGAGACGACGCAGGGCCGCCGAUUCGUCGUCGAGAUUUGGUAUUUCUCCACCGUGCGGAGGAUCAAGGAGUACAUCCUGAAGCAGGAGGGCAUCCCCGUGGAGUCCCAGCGGCUCUUCUUCCAGGGCAAGGAGCUCGACGACGACCGCGACACCGAGCACUACCCCAUCCUGGAGGGAUCCCACGUGCUCAUCGUCCUGCCGGAUGAAUCUCCCGCUGCCGCCGCCGUCGCCGCCGCUGACGGCCAUGCUGCAAGCGCCCCCGGCGCCGUCGUCCACGCCGUCGCCCCCGGGCCGGCCCUCGGCCAGGGCCGCAGCGUCGCGCUUGAACUGGACGCGUCCUGCACGGUCGCCCGCCUCAAGGAGACGCUCCAGGAGCGUACGGACGGCGCGCUUCCCGCCGCCAAGGUGAGCGUGUUCUUGGACAAGGCCGAGAUGGAGGAUGACAAGGCGCUGGCGGAGUUCCAGCCGCCGGCCGAUGGGAUGAAGAUGGAGGUGCGCGUAGUCGUGCGCCAGCCGCCGCCGUCGCCAGCGUGCAACAACGGGAACGGGGUGGCCAAUUGCAAGGUUAACAAGCGGAUGUCGGUGGAGGUGAAAUGGGGUGCCAAGACCGCGACGCUGGAGGUGAGCGACAUGGACGCCGUCAAGGAGCUGCGGGCGGAGCUGGGCAGCGCGGCGCCGCACCUGCUCCUGCCCAACGACGGCGCCUACUUCUUCAUCUACAAGCAGAACGUCAUGGAGGAGGAGCGCACGCUGCGCUGGCACGACGUCAAGACCGGCGACACCAUCGAGAUAUUCAACGGCAGGGUCACCGGAGGCGCUUGAUAUGCAUGUUUUGUUCUUGUGCAUCACACACACCGGAAACAUGCUGCGUACGUCCAUCGGUUUACAGAUCUGCAUUCACCAUGCAUUGAGUCGUUAUGUUGCAUGCAUGAUACGUACUUGACCAUUUCAUUUCUUUCUCGCAAAUUGCUAUAAUCUAGUUGAGUUAACGAUCCUGAAGAAGAUCC